AUGGGCAGAGGUGAUUUCAAUAGCAGAGGUGGAGGAAGAGGUGCCCCUAGAGGUGGAAGUUUCGGAAGAGGAGGUGGAAGAGGAGGAAGACCUCAAUAACCAUAAGGUCCACCAGCAAAAGUUGAACCAUUCGCUACUUUUUCACAUGUUUGUGGAAACCAAAUUAUUGUUAAAGCUUUAGGGAAGCAAUUAGUAUUAAACAUAUUUAUUAUUAGGUUCCAAGAUUCUUUAGAAGUGUAUAUUUUGAAAAUAAGCAAUCGAUUGGUAAAGUUGNUACUUUAAAAGUGAUUAUCUAUACUAUCUUGGUAUAAAUUUAUGAAUCAUCAAUUCUCCUAAAUAGAAGAAUAAAUAUUUAAGUUUUUUCUUAUUUUAAACCAUUUAAAUAUAAAGAAUUAAUAUAGUCAUAAAUAUAUAUUAAAUAUUUAUUAAACAAUAAUGAUUAUUGAGGCUAAUUCUUUGGCUGAAGAAUUAAGAGGUGUUUCAAGGUACGAAAAAGUAAUAAACAAAAAUAAUUACAUAUAGAUUGCUUAUGUUUCAAUAUUUAUGAUUGGAUUACUAAUUAUUAAAACAGAUGAUGCUUACAUUACAUGUGAAACUUCAUAAGAGUAAUAAGGAAUCAUUUGGGAAAUGGGAUUGAUUCCUUUGGCUUUUAUUGGAGAUGUUACUAAAAAUUUGAAUAUUAAUAUUUUUAUUGCAGGAUUGGUUUAAUUUUUAGUUUGUCAAUUAAGACUUUAAUUUACUAUUAUUUAUUUGCUCUAUAAAAUUCUGGGACAAGGACAAAUAGUAUCAAAAUUAAUAUAUUUAAGAGACUUAUAGUUUACUUUACUUAAUACCCUUGAUUACAAAUCUAAUAUUACCCUAUUAAAAAAUACUUUUUGGCUUUGCAUAAUUUGUGUUAGUAUUAUUGAUUAUAAUGUUAAAUAAAACACUUAUGCAAUAAAAAUAACACAAACCUAAAAUUAAUUUUUAAUUUUAUGCAAGCAGAUUAAUAGCAUGUAUUAUAUUAAUGCAAAAAUUGGAUAUGGUUAAUAGUAAUUUUUAUGAUAAUCAGGUGAUAUUUAUGAGUAUUAUUUUUAUUUAUAAAUUAGUACUUAGUUUACCUGUUGUUAAAUUAUUGUGUAAUCGAGUACCAGAUAUAGCAUUUGCUAUCCUAUUCCUCAUUUACUUUUAUUUAUCAAAAGGUUACCCAUUUAUAUAAAAUGUGUUGUAAGGUUUGCUUGUUUGUUUUGUAAUUUUAAAACUAUUGCCAGUUAUAAUGGAUUAAAAAUUUUCAUGUAUUUUGUAUUCUAAUAUAAUUAGUGACGAUUUCGUUACUCUUGCCAAUUAUUAUAUUGAUUUUCCCUUUGUCAGAAUAUUUUUUUGUGUUGUUAAUCUUCUUAACUAUAAGCGAACCACCAUAAAACUUAUAUGAGUAGAUUGAAUUAUGA